ACAACAUGGCGUCCGGUAGGACGAGACCAAACAUUUUGGUGACCGGAACUCCAGGAACAGGAAAAACAGUGACAGCAAGUACGCUAGCAGAAAGAACAGCUCUGAAUUACAUUAAUGUGGGUGAUUUGGCCAAAGAAAAACACCUAUACGAAGGAUGGGACGAGCAGUAUGGCUGCCACGUGCUCGACGAAGACAAGGUAGUGGAUGAAUUGGAGGAUCAAAUGUGUGAAGGUGGAAAUAUUGUGGAUUACCAUGGUUGUGAUUUUUUUCCAGAGAGAUGGUUUGACAUUGUAUUUGUGCUUCGCACAAACAACACAACACUUUAUGAAAGACUUGAACAGAAGGGUUACAGUGGAAAAAAGCUUACCGAAAAUGUGGAGUGCGAAAUAUUUCAAACAAUACUAGAAGAAGCAAGAGAAAGUUACAGAAAGGAAAUAGUUCAUGAACUGAAAAGUAAUACUCCAGAUGAAAUGGAAACAAAUUUGGAUCAAAUUGAACGAUGGGUUCAACAGAAGGUCCUGUGCACUUUGCAGCCUGAUACCUCUCAACUUGCCUAG